GCAUGAAGACCGUCCCAACCAGUGGCAUUUUAUUGAUAAAACUGGGCUGUGUGAUUGGUGGAUCUAUUCUCACCAACACAGUGAGAAGAAGUUUAAAAAGUGUCCCAGCACAGCAUUCACUGCAAGCUGAAUGACAGCAAUGGCUCACCUGAAGUUCCUCCCACUCCUCCUGUGGGUUGGUUUCACGGUGUGCACAGAGGUGGAUUUGCACAAGAGAAUCUUUCACGAUCAUAGGUGUAAGGAAAAUGAUCGUCUGUAUCACGUAGAAAUAACUCAGACCGAUAGAAGCGAUUACUAUCAUCUAUGUGGCGGCUCUCUGAUCCACAGCGAGUGGGUUCUAACUGCAGCUCACUGUUGGAAAGAUGAACCUGGAUGGACUAUGUCUGCAUAUGUAGGAAUUCAUCCCGGUCCAGGAAGAAUUGCGAGAAUUAUUGAUCACAAGAUCUUUCAGGACCAAACAGGAAAACAUGACAUCAUGCUUCUGAAAAUCGACCCACCAGAGAAUAAUAUUAAGCCUGUUGUCUUACCUAAAUGUACACGUCGUAAAAAGCUGGAUGUCAUUCAGAUUGCAGGCCAUGGUGGUUAUAUGGUUGAUGUAAACUACAACAAACAACACAUUUUGUUCCAGAAAUGA